UACAUCCUUGCUGCAAGCAUUGAUGAUGUUGCUGGGCCCAUUGUAAAACUCAGUGAUUUACAAACAAAACGCGAAAAUGUGACGGAGACCAGCAAGGAGAGCAAGCCGGAGACAAUCGCACAAAUACUGGACGCAGCACUACAAAAGGAGUUUACGAAGGAAACAAGCGAGGAUCCCAAAAGCGGAUCAAAUUUCAAUGCAACGGUGCAGCAGGAAGAGGCUAAGCUCGAGACCGUCGUACGGAUAGCCGGGAAGGCGACGGCGGUGCAGCAGGCCACCGCCGCCGCCGGCUCUGGCUCCAACUCCACAGACAGCGCAGUCGACGGCGGCGGCGGCGGCUCCGCCGAUGGUGGCGGCGGCGGCGACAGCACCGCUGCCGACGGCGCCACGCUCGGCGGCGCCGACACGUCGUCCGGGGUAGACCAAUCCUCGGACAUGGCGCCGUUGGUGGAGGUGGGGCCGGACGUGGACAGAAUCAUCGACUCCCAGGACAAUGAGUUUGUGUUGUCUAAGCCGAAUGAGAGUGUCGCCUCACUGACUCUGGACCAGCAGCUCAUUCGCGACAUCUCGGUGCUGCUGGUGUCGGCGGCGCUCUUUGGUACGCUGUUUGAGGCUGUACGGCAACCCGUCAUCAACGGCUACCUGAUUGGCGGCGCAGUUGUGGGGCCCGGGGGCCUCAACCUGAUCAAUGUACGGACGGGGGGGCCAUGUCCUUCAGAGCUGGUCCAGGUGGAGUCUCUGGCCCAGUUGGGGGUGCAGCUGCUGCUGUUCGGCCUGGGACUGGAGCUGUCCUUCACCAAGCUGAGGGCGGUGUGGGGGGUGGCUGUGCUAGGUGGUACUCUGCAGAUUGUACUGCUGUCCAUGGUGUGCGGCCUGGUGGCGGCGGCUGCGGGGGCACCACUGGCGCAGGGUAUUUUCGUGGGUGCUCUGUUGUCCAUGAGCAGCACCGCUGUGGUGAUCAAGUGCCUGGAGGUGAUGCGGAGCACCAGCAGCGCGUACGGACAGAUUACGACGGGGACCCUGCUGCUGCAGGACUGCAUGGUUGGAGUGAUGUUUGCCUUGAUGCCCCUCUUUGCGAGCGGUCUGGGCAGCGGCGCCGACCUAACGCCAGUUGCGGGCAAGGACGUUGCGGAGGCUACCGGUCGUGCCGUACUGCUGGUGCUGGCUUCCGUACUGCGACUUACCUUUGCGGUGCUGGCGGCGUUGCUGCUGGCGAAGACGCUGCUGUCACCGCUGUUGAGACUCAUGCAACGACAUGCUUCCCGGGAGCUGAUUCAACUUUCUCUUGUGGCCAUUUGUGUUGGCAUUUCGAGCUUCAGCCAUUUGAUGGGCUUAUCCAGCGAACUGGGGGCCUUCGUGGCCGGCGUCAUGGUCAAUGUGGCGCUAGGGCCGGGACCGACCCACGGGUCAUCAGGUGCCGCUGGCGCCGAUGGCACAGCCGCCGGCGGUGCCGGCAGCGGCGUUGCCGCCGUCGUGAUGCACGCCAUGGCGCCUAUCGCCAGUAUUGUGCCGUUGCCUGGUGCUGGCGGCGCCGGAGGCGGCAGCGGCGGCGGAGCCGCCACCGCCGGCCUCAUCGCCCACGGGUCGGUCGGCGUUAUCAUCAACGACGACGACUCUGACCACCGUUUGUCUGCAUUGAAGGCGAAGGGUAGUGACAGCGAGGCAGAUUGGGGCCUGGAACCUAACGCACUGCUAUUGUCGGAUGUGAACAGGGAAUGGGAACGGGAACGCGAGCGCGAGAGGGAACGGGAACGCGAGCGCGAGCGUGAGCGGAUCCGUGCAGGCCGCGAGACGCUGGGCUCUCAUGCAGCGUACUACAGCAUAGAGAGCGCCAGGAACGUACUGGUGGCGCUGUUCAUGGCCAGUAUUGGGCUCAUCAUGUCUCCACGUUUCCUGAUGGACCACUUGGGCGUGUUGACGGUGGGUGUGGGUCUGGUGGUGCUCGUGAAGGGCGCCCUCGUGGCGGCCGUGGUCCGGAGCUUCUCCGUGGGGCUCAUGACGUCGCUGGCUGUGGGUCUCUCCAUGGCACACGUGGGGGAGUUUGCGUUCGUACUGCUGAGCCAUGCCGUACAAUCGGGCUUGCUGCCGUUGCAGGUGUACAUGUUGCUGUUGGGGGUCACUGCGCUCUCACUCCUCACGACACCGUUCAUCGUACUGCUGGCCAUGCACUGGGUACUGCCUAAGGACUCCGGGGGGCUCCACUCGAGCACUGCCGCGAUGCAGGUCUUUGCUUUGCAGCAGGUCUUUGGGGGCUCAGGUCGUAUGUCUCGAAGUGGCCAUCGCACAACCUUAUGA